AUGGGGGGGAGUCACCAACGGAGGCCGGGAGGGAGGGGGCAGCGGGUCACGUGCUCGGAGGCGGCCAAUGGGGGGGGGGGGGAGCGAGCACGUGAUGAGGGGAGGGCCAAUCAGAGGGCGGGGGGCGUGGCCUGGCGGCAUCAUGGCGGACGGGGAGCGCUCGCCGCUGUUACCGGUGAGGCCCCGCCCCCUUACUCGCCAUUGGUCAGCCCCGAAGGAGGCGGGAGCAGCGGAAGCGACGGAGGCGGGGGGAGAGGGGCGGGGCCGUCGGUCACGUGCCGCGUGUGCCAGCGGCCAAUCAGCGUGGAGGGCAAAGGGCACCAGCACGUGGUCAAGUGCGGGGCGUGCGGGGAGGCCACGCCAAUCAGGACGGCCCCUGCGGGGAAGAAGUACGUGCGGUGCCCCUGUAACUGCCUCCUGGUGUGCAGUGGGGCAGCGCAGCGCAUCGCCUGCCCCCGGCCGUACUGCAAACGCAUCAUCAACCUGGGCCCGGUCCAGGCCGGAGCCGCGAGCCCGGAGCCGCCAGCAGGGGGCGUGCGCGUGGCCUGCGGGCACUGCGGGGGCCCCUUCCUGUGGGCCGAGCUCUCGGACCGCGCCCUCGCCCGCUGCCCUCACUGCCGCAAGGUGUCCGCCAUUGGCCGGCGGUUGCCGCGGCGACGCUGCCUCUGCUGCCUCCUAUUGGCUCUGCUCAUGGCCGGGGCGGCCGCGGGGCUGGCGGUGCUGACUUGGGGGGUGUCGCGGAAGCUCCGCCCCCUUCACGCGGGUUGGGCCCUGCUGGGGGCGGGGUCUGGGGCCUGCCUGCUGCGGGCGGCCUAUUGGGGCUGCGUGAGGGUGAGCCGCGCCCUGCCCGCCCGCCCAUGAUU